GGUCUCUUCCUUUUUCCUCUUUGAGCUGUGCCACCUUGAAACCUUGCCAAGAUGAUGGACAUGUCGGAAUUCGGGGAGGCUGCUCCCUUCCUCCGAAAGAGCGAGAAGGAGCUGAUGAUGGCACAAACCGUUGCCUUUGAUGGGAAGAAGAAAUGUUGGGUUCCUGAUGAAAAGAAAGCUUACGUUGAAGCUGAAAUUACAGAAACCAGUGGUGGCAAAGUGACUGUGGAGACAAUGGAUGGAAAGACCAUGACUAUUAAAGAAGAUGAUGUGCAGUCAAUGAACCCUCCCAAAUUUGACAUGAUUGAGGACAUGGCUAUGCUGACCCAUCUGAACGAGGCAUCUGUGUUGUACAAUCUGAGAAAGCGCUACAGCAACUGGAUGAUCUAUACCUAUUCAGGUUUAUUCUGUGUGACCAUAAAUCCCUACAAGUGGUUGCCUGUCUACAAGCCGGAGGUCGUUGCUGCGUACAAAGGCAAGAGGCGCUCGGAGGCUCCUCCCCACAUCUUCUCCAUUGCCGAUAACGCCUACCAUGACAUGCUGCGUAACCGUGAGAAUCAGUCUAUGCUGAUCACUGGAGAAUCCGGUGCUGGCAAGACCGUCAACACGAAACGCGUCAUCCAGUACUUUGCCACGGUGGCAGCCCUGGGUGAACCUGGUAAAAAGAACCAACCAGCUACCAAAACUGGGGGAACCUUGGAGGAUCAAAUCAUUCAAGCAAACCCAGCCCUAGAAGCUUUUGGAAAUGCCAAAACUCUGAGAAACGACAACUCCUCACGUUUUGGUAAAUUUAUCCGAAUCCAUUUUGGAACCACAGGCAAGCUGUCAUCUGCUGAUAUUGAGAUUUAUUUAUUGGAGAAAUCCCGAGUGAUUUUCCAGCAACCAGGUGAAAGAGACUAUCACAUCUUCUACCAAAUCCUGUCAGGAAAGAAACCAGAGUUACUGGAUAUGCUACUGGUAUCGACCAACCCGUAUGACUACCACUUUUGCUCACAAGGAGUAGUUACAGUGGACAACUUGGAUGAUGGAGAAGAAUUGUUGGCAACAGAUCAAGCCAUGGACAUCUUGGGAUUUGUGCCAGAUGAGAAGUCUGGUUCCUACAAGCUCACAGGUGCCAUCAUGCACUUUGGGAACAUGAAAUUCAAACAAAGACCCAGAGAAGAGCAGGCAGAGGCUGAUGGCACUGAAAGUGCUGACAAAGCUGCCUACCUAAUGGGAAUCAACUCCUCUGAUUUGAUUAAGGGUUUGUUGCACCCUAGAGUGAAAGUCGGCAACGAGUAUGUGACCAAAGGUCAAAGUGUUGAACAGGUUUUGUAUGCUGUUGGAGCCUUAUCUAAGGCAGUGUAUGACCGAAUGUUCAAAUGGCUGGUGGUCCGUAUCAAUAAGACCUUGGACACUAAGCUGCCAAGACAGUUCUUCAUUGGAGUCCUGGAUAUUGCCGGGUUUGAAAUCUUUGAUUUUAACAGCUUUGAGCAACUCUGCAUCAAUUACACUAAUGAGAAACUGCAACAGUUUUUCAAUCAUCACAUGUUUGUGCUGGAGCAAGAAGAGUAUAAGAAGGAAGGCAUUGAAUGGGUCUUCAUUGAUUUUGGCAUGGACCUGCAGGCCUGUAUUGAUCUGAUUGAGAAGCCACUGGGGAUCCUCUCUAUCCUCGAAGAGGAAUGUAUGUUCCCGAAAGCUACAGAUAUGACAUUCAAGGCCAAACUCUACGACAAUCAUCUUGGCAAGUCACCUAACUUACAGAAGCCCAGGCCUGAUAAGAAAAGGAAAUAUGAAGCUCACUUUGAACUUCUUCAUUAUGCUGGUGCAGUUCCCUAUAACAUCAUCGGGUGGCUUGAGAAGAACAAAGACCCGCUUAAUGAAACGGUAGUAGGCAUUUUCCAAAAAUCAUCCAACAAACUCCUGGCAAGCUUGUUUGAGAGCUAUGUUGGCGCUGACAGCGCUGACCAGGGUGGAGAAAAGAAACGCAAGAAAGGUGCUUCUUUUCAAACGGUGUCCUCAUUACACAAGGAAAAUUUAAAUAAGCUGAUGACUAACCUAAAAUCUACAGCCCCUCACUUUGUACGAUGCAUUAUCCCCAAUGAAUCAAAAACUCCAGGUGAAAUGGAUGCUUUCCUUGUCUUGCAUCAGCUCCGCUGUAAUGGUGUCCUGGAAGGCAUCCGCAUUUGCCGUAAGGGUUUCCCAAACAGAGUGCUUUAUGCUGACUUUAAACAAAGGUACCGCAUUCUGAAUCCAGGAGCGAUCCCAGAGGAUAAGUUUGUGGAUAGCAGAAAAGCUGCUGAAAAACUGUUGGCAUCUUUAGAUGUUGACCAUAACCAAUAUCGCUUCGGACACACCAAGGUGUUCUUCAAGGCUGGUCUCUUGGGCCAUCUAGAAGAAAUGAGGGAUGAGAGACUUGCGAAAAUCUUAACCAUGAUCCAGGCAAGAGCACGUGGCAGACUGAUGCGGAUUGAGUUCCAGAAGAUAGUGGAGCGGAGGGAUGCCCUUCUUGUAAUUCAGUGGAACAUCCGUGCUUUUAUGGCCGUGAAGAACUGGCCCUGGAUGAAGCUUUUCUUUAAGAUCAAACCUCUUCUGAAGUCUGCAGAAACUGAAAAGGAGAUGGCCAAUAUGAAGGAAGAGUUCCUGAAAUUGAAGGAGGCCCUGGAAAAAUCUGAAGCCAGGAGAAAGGAACUUGAAGAAAAGCAAGUCUCUUUAGUUCAGGAAAAAAAUGAUUUGCUUCUCCAACUCCAAGCUGAGCAAGACACUCUGGCAGAUGCCGAGGAACGAUGCGACUUGUUGAUUAAAUCCAAGAUUCAGCUGGAGGCCAAAGUCAAAGAGCUGACGGAGCGAGUUGAGGAUGAGGAAGAGAUGAAUUCUGAACUGACUUCUAAGAAGAGAAAAUUGGAAGAUGAGUGCUCUGAGCUCAAGAAGGAUAUUGAUGACCUUGAAAUAACACUUGCAAAAGUCGAGAAAGAGAAGCAUGCUACUGAAAACAAG